UUUGAAGCCGAUAUAUCGUGUAUGUUUGUCAACGAAAAAUUAAUUUGACAGUUUUGUUGAAUUGCAAAACAAAUCUACAUCAUCAUUAUGGGCCGAAUUCUAAUCAAAGGUGGUGUUUGGCGUAAUACCGAAGAUGAAAUUCUCAAAGCAGCUGUGAUGAAAUAUGGUAAAAAUCAAUGGUCACGAAUAGCAUCAUUAUUGCAUCGAAAAUCAGCCAAACAAUGUAAAGCACGUUGGUAUGAAUGGCUAGAUCCUAGUAUUAAAAAAACCGAAUGGUCCAGAGAAGAGGAAGAAAAAUUGAUCAAUUUAGUACGAUUAAUGCCAACACAAUGGCGUACAAUUGCAUCGAUUGUUGGCCGUACAGCAUCACAAUGUCUUGAACAUUAUGAACAGCUAUUGGAUCAGGUACAGAAUAAAGAUAAAAGUACUGUUACCAAUUUGGAUGAUCCAAGGAAAUUGAAACCAGGUGAAAUUGAUCCAAAUCCAGAAACAAAACCGGCUCGUCCUGAUCCAAAAGAUAUGGAUGAAGAUGAAUUGGAAAUGUUAUCGGAAGCUCGUGCACGUUUGGCUAAUACCCAGGGUAAAAAAGCUAAACGUAAAGCCAGAGAAAAACAACUGGAAGAAGCAAGACGUUUAGCUCAAUUACAGAAAAGACGUGAAUUACGAAUGGCCGGUAUCAAUCUGCAGAUACGAAAUUGGAAACAUCGUCGUCAUAUUGAUUAUAAUACGGAAAUUCCAUUCGAAAAAUCUGUGCCGGCCGGUUUUCAUGACACAUCCGAUGAUUCAUAUGAACCAGCUGGUUUAGAUUUCAAACGUUUACGGCAACAACAAUUGGAAGGUGAAUUACCAUCGGUUCGUGAAGAACGUGAACGUAAAAAAGAUAAAGAAAAAUUGAAAAAGAAAAAAGAAAACGGUGUACCAACAUCAUUGAAUAAUGUACAGAAUGAAUUUCAACGACCACGUAGUAAAUUAGUUUUACCAGAACCAGCUAUAUCGGACCAAGAAAUCGAACAAGUAGUUAAAUUAGGACGUGCCAGUGAAAUGGCUAAAGAUGUUGCCGAAGAAACUGGUAAUGUUGCAUCGGAAACAUUAUUGGCUGAUUAUACGAUCACAUCAUCAGCAGUGAAUUCAAUUCGUACACCAAAAACAGCUGCAUUAAGUCGUGAUAAUAUAAUGGCUGAAACGAAAAAUUUGCUUGCAUUACAAAAUGUUGAUACCCCUUUGUUAGGUGGUCAAAAUGUACCAUUAAUCGAAGUUGCCGGUGGACAAACACCGGGUGCCCGUACACCAGCUGGUCUAACUGUAUCUGGUUUAUCCACUGGUGGUGGUAUGACACCAAAUACAAUGAUUUCAACACCAUAUCGAUCUACGCGUUCCAUAAUAACCGAUGGAUCGGAUGCUACUAAUAAUAAAGCUAUGGUUCCGGUACCUACACCUGGUACCAGUGGUGGUCAUAUUCAAGAUGGUUUCACACCACUUUCAACACCUGUAAGAGAUAAAUUAUCGAUCAAUCCAGAAGAAGCAUUAGCAAUGGAAGCACAACAAGAUCCAAAACAAUAUACAAAAACUGUGAAAGAAAAUCUUCGAAAAGCAUUCUCUCAAUUACCACAACCAAAAAAUGAAUAUGAAAUUGUUAUGAAUAAUAAUGAUCAGAUUGAUCAACCAAAUGAUGAUGAUGAUGAAAAAAUGAAUGAUCAAGAUGGUAAUGAUGAUAAAAUGAUUGUUGAUCAAAGUGAAGUGGAUGCUGCAAGUCGUAAACGUGAACAAGAUCGUAUAAAUAAUGAACAGAAAUGGACACAAGCUGUUCGACGUAAUCUACCACGACCAUGUGAUGUUCGUGCAUGGUUAUCCAUAUUGCAGCAGCAACAACAGCAACAACAAUCAUCGACAAAUCCAUUAUCACAGGCUGAUGAUCUUAUCCGACAGGAAAUGGUGAAAAUUCUUCAUUUUGAUGCUUUGAUGAAUCCAACAGAUGAACAGGCUUUAUUUUCAGCGAUCAAAUCAAAAACGGUUAAAUCUGAUUCAAAAAAUUAUGAAACACAAUUGGCCAUGUAUUUGGAACGAAAUCCAAUCGAACCAAUUGAAGAUGAAUAUCUAUCACAAGCAAAACAAAUGUUACAAGAAGAAAUGUCCACAUUAAAAGAUGGAAUGGAACAUGAUGAUUUAUCGGCCAUUGAUUCGGCCAAAGUUUGGGAUGAAUGUUAUUCACAAUUAUUAUAUUUACCAGCACAGAAUCGUUAUACAAAAGCAUCAAUGGUAUCGAAACGUGAACGUAUUGAAUCGAUUGAAUCACGUUUAGAACAGAAUCGUCAACAUAUGACACGUGAAGCAAAAAAAGCUGGUAAAAUUGAGAAAAAAUUAUCCAUACUAUUAGGUGGUUAUCAACAACGUUCACAUGAGAUGGCCAAACAAUUUCGUGAAUGUUGGCAACAUAUUGAACAAUCACAUUUAGAAUUAUAUUCAUUCAAUGCAUUGAAAGUACGUGAAGAUUGUGCUAUUGAAAAACGUAUUGGACAAUUAAAACAGGAUGUUAAACGACAAGAACAACGAGAGAUGACGCUACAGGCACGUUAUGCAGAAUUAUUAAAACAACGUGAAGAAUUACAGGAUCAAAUUAUGAUGACCACCACCACCACCACCACCACCAGCAGCAGCAGCAGUGAUAAGACGACUUCAGCAGAUUAAAUCUUUGGAUAAAUCAUCAUUUCCAUUGACAUUUGAUUCAUUUUUCAUUUCAUUUAUUCUUUUUUUUUAAUAUUUGUGAUUU